AUGGGGAAUUCUCUGGGCUGCGUUAAAGAGCCGAAAGAAAAAGCUGCCGGGCCGGCUCCGCUGCCCCCCCAAAAAAGGGUUCGCUUCAAACGGAGGAGGAGGGGGAAGAAGAGAGCGGUGCCGGCGGCGGUCCCGCAGGAGGAGCUGCCGGCCGCGGCGGUGCCCGGGGUGGAUGAGGAUCCGAAGUUGGAGGCGGCACCGCAGCACGAGGGGCCCGACGGGAGCCGGAACUCAGGAGGGGACCCCGGGCGCAUCGUGCAGGUGAAGGAGAGGUUCCAGGGGGAGCUGCAGAAAGCGCACCUGGUGCUGGAGCCGAGGGGAGCGCAGACGGCGGGGGAUUCCCCUGAGGAGGGCACGACCGUCAUCGCCCGCCUGCUGGAGAACCCUGCCGAGCAGGGCUGUGAGCGGGCCGUGAGCCGCCUGGUCCGGCUGCAGCGCGGCGGUACGGGCAGCACCAGGGCUGUGCUGCUGCCGCUGCCAUGCAGCCCCGAUGGGCUCUGGAAGCACCGCACCGAGGGGUCCCCAGCCAGCCCUGUGUGUGGAGAGCAGCCGGCGCAGAGCUGGGAGCCGGCAGACAGCAGCGCACCGGGGAUGUGGGGGAGAGGGGGCAGCGGGGAGCCGAGCUCCAGUGCUGCAUGGACCUCCACUGCGGAGCCGGGCACCGUUUCGGAACUGUCUACGCCGUCCCCCAUGGUGGAGCAGAUGGAAAAUCCUGGUGUCGGGAAGUCCCCGGUGCUGCCGUCACCUGGUGCCGGGCAGGGCGACGCGCACGGGCUGUCGGUGUCCCACAGCGGGUCCUCCUCUGGUGGCACCGCCCGCUGCUCCUCGGGGUACGGCAGUGAGCGGGCCGGGAGCUCCGGAGCUGGCGGGACUGCGGCUCCUCCUGCCGAAGGUGUGCGCAGCGUGCAGCGCCGGGCUCUGCUGGGCAGCUCUCGGCCGGCCGGAGGAACGGUCAGUGUCUGCGUGUGCCGUCAUCCCGUGUUUGGAGUGGGGGGGGAACCCGGUCCAGCAGAACCCCAGUGAUUGUGGCUGCUGGGAAUGGUCAGCACUGUGUGUGGUGCUGAGCUGUGUGCUGCGAGGCACAACCUGAGAUGGGGUGGGAGGCGGCAGGCAGAGAUGCGGAGCCUCUUCCCCUUGAGCAUCUCCGCGGGGUCUUGUUCAUGUGGAGCCCAGGAAAGGAAAGUGGGCGCGUGUGAGGAGCACCCCAUCGUGGUGGGGAGCAGCUCUCAGUGAGGUUGGUGGGUUUGGGAUCACGGGUGUGUGGGCUCUGGAUGUGAUUGCAUUUGCCAUGGUGUUGUGUGCCAGGGGGUGGUCGGGGGGCUCAAAAUGUGUCCCCUGGAUUUGUUCUUGUGCCGUGCUCUGAUGAAAGGAAGCGGCAGCCCGAUGUGGGGCUGAGUGCAGGGUGAGCUCUGUGGGCAUUUCACCCACCUGGGGCCACCCCUGUGCUCAGGGAUGGUGUGCUGGGGCAGCCCUGCUAGUCAGUACAGGGUCUGGGGCUGCUCCAAGGUGCAGUUAGAGGUGACAGAUGGCAGAGCAUUGCUGGGAGAGAGCGUGGGCUAUUUGCCCGUUCUGAGAAAGGUCUCCAUGAGGAGGAGGUGAUGCUGUGCUUGGCUUUGGAGCUGUUGCUGUUGCAGGUGGCUCGCAGAGUGAAUUUGUGCAAGGGUUUGACCAAGCUGCUCACAGCCAUGGGAUGAGCAGUGCUGGGAAGGCUGGGCUGCUUGCCCCAUGCCUGUGCUGUGUUAGGGCCGGUGCCACUGCGAUGGCCACCAGUUGCUUGGUGGAGGCUGAUGCAGGAAAGGCCCGUGAGGAGCUGCCUGGUGUUACCAGCUGCCUCUUGCUCCCUAAAUCUCAGUCCUGACACUGAUGUAGGAAGAAAGGAGGGUGGAGCCGGUGCCGCACCCUGCGCCUCUCCAGGCCCCCCCAGGAGGGUCUGCUGUACAGAUGCGCUCGUGGGGAGACACAGCAGGUGGGGAUGGUGGAAAGGAAGGCACUACUGGGGCUGGCUGCAGCAAGGAGUGUCCCUGCCGGGCAGUGUGGCAGGUCAGCCCCCUGCACGGGGGUUCCAUGGGCUUCUGAGGGUUCCUUCGAUGCUGGGAGCUGUGCAGCCACCCGGUGCAUCACCAUCCUCGGCCCCACAGCCUUUGGGUCUGGAAGGGUUAACGGCAGCGCUGGCUGCACAAAGAGCGGUUCUGUGCAUGACAGCGGAUCAGGCUGGAGGGAGGUGAGCUGCAGCAUACCAAUGGCAUGGGGGGGGGAGCCCUGCCAUCCCUUCUGCCCAGGG